AUGAAUAAAGAAAUGAACAAUCUUAUCAAGAACAUUCAGAACAGUGAAACAGAAGAAACAGUACAGGAACUCACAAAUGAAAUACAUAGAAGACAGACAUAUAUAAUAACAGAAUGUACAAAGACCCACAACAAAAAACUAGAAACACUGACUAGAAGAACAAACAUACAAGGAGACACAAAAUAUUUGACCGACGAUACAAUAGAGAACAUCACACAAACAACACUCCCCCCAUAUGUAAUUGAUACUCUCAAAUUGGGAGCAAAAUUUGCCAUAGAGGACAAUAACAUCGGAAAAGUCUCAACACACCAAAUAUUGGCACAGAUUGAAGGAGGAAUCACAAAAUUACCAACAGACGAACAGAAUGACAUACGAAUGAAAGUAGCACAAACACUGAGUUCACAUAUAAAAGACAUAAAGGGACAAAAACAGAGACACAACAAACAUUUAACUAACUUUACCAAAACAAAAAAAUUUUUCAAAGAACACAACGAAUUACUGAUUACAAGAGCAGACAAAGGAAACAAGACGGUAAUCAUGACAAACACGGAAUACGAGGAAAAAAUGAGCAUUUUGUUGAAAGAUAAUACUACAUACAUAAAAACUAAACGAGACAUGACGCUAACAUUAGAAAAACAAAACAACAAAAUAAUAAAGAAUUGGAAAGAGAAAGGAUUCAUAUCAGAAAUUGAUUACAAAACAUUAACCAUACACAACAGCAAAACGCCAAAAAUAUACGGAUUACCUAAAAUCCACAAAGAAGGAAAUCCUUUACGUCCAAUAGUGUCUUGUGUCCAAUCACCUUUAUACCAUCUGUCAAAAUACCUAGCGGGAAUACUAACACAUACAAUCGUAUCUCUAUACACAAAUAUCCCUAUUGAGCUAGUGAAAGAAACGAUAAAAGAAAGAUGGCACCAACUAACAUUACACACAGAAAUACCUGAAAAUGAAUUCACAGAAACAACUCAACUUAUAAUUAAUAACAGCUAUUUUCAAUAUAGAGAUGAAUUCUACAAACAAAUGAAGGGAGUAGCCAUGGGAACCCCAAUAUCAAGUGUGAUUGCCCAAAGUGUAAUGGAACACAUAGAACAAAAAAUCAUGGAAAAGUACAACAACAAAGCCUUUUUCAGGAUAUAUGUUGAUGAUUGUCUCUUAAUAACCACACCAACAAUAAUGAAACACAUUUUACGAGACUUCAACAAUGCUCAUACAUUAUUACAAUUUACGAUCGAACAGGAAAAAGACAAAACAUUAGACUUCUUGGACAUGACACUCAUCAACAAAGACAACAAAAUACUAACAAAAUGGAAAAAUAAAAAACAAAACUCCGACCGCAUCUUGGACUAUAAUUCCAACCAUCACACCGGACAAAUACGAGGCACAAUAAUUGGAUACAUUGACAGAGCCCUCAAACUCACAUCACCGGAAUUGAGACCAAAACUUAUAAAAGAAUUGAAAGACCGACUUAUUAAGAACAACUACUCUACAAAGAUGACUACACCAUUAAUAAACCAAAGAAUACAUAGACUGUACAACACGAUAAUAACUGAGGAAAAGAAAGAACAGAAAACACGAAUACCAAUUCCCUACACCAAAAACUUAUCACAUAAAAUAACAAAGAUAUUAAAACCCCACAACAUCGAAUUAAGGAAGUGCAUCAUGCAGACGAAUGUUCACAUAGAUGCCAAGAAUUUGAGGACAUCAUCGGACCAUAGACUGGAAGGUGGUAGCAGCCAAAUAAGAGCCUAUGAGGUACAUCAGACUUUACGCUUAGCAUAA